UCGCUUUGUCGCGGUCGUGCAAAGCAGGUCACGACAUGAUGCCAGCCAUUUGGCCCAAGACUCGGUACACUUUGGUAUGCCAAUAGCUUGCAGCAUUGCAGACGCGAGAUGGAGGUUGAUGCCAGCAGCACCGCGUGGAUCCUCGUUUCCACCGCUCUGGUGCAGCUGAUGACACCAGGGUUGGCGUUUUUCUACGGCGGGCUGGUCAAAGACACAAGCGUACUGACAAUGAUGAUGCAGAGCUUCAUAUCAAUGGGUGUGUCGAGCAUUUUUUGGUUCUUAGUGGGCUUCUCGCUGUGCUUCGGCGAGAGCUGGGGCUUCGUGGGGAGCCCCUGGACCUUCUUCGGCCUGCGGGACCUCAAUGUCCAUGAGGCGCUUCCUGGGCAGAAAAUCCCGGGCUUGCUGUACAUGGCCUAUCAGGGCAUGUUUGCGGUGAUCACUCCGGCGCUGAUGACGGGUGCAUUCGCUGACCGCUUCCGCUUCAAGCCAUACUUAAUCUUUAUUUUGCUGUGGCUUUUGUUCGUCUAUUGUCCCUGGUGCCACUGGCUUUGGGGUGGUGGCUGGCUGGCACAGCUUGGAGCUGUGGACUUUGCCGGAGGCAUAGUUGUGCACGUGACGGCGGGCUUUUCGGCCCUGGCGAGCCUCUUUGUCCUAGGAAAGCGAGAGAUCCCGGAGGAUGAGAAGGAUCACCACCACACGCCCCACAACGUGCCCUUCGUGGCCCUGGGCACGGCCCUGCUGUGGUUCGGCUGGUUCGGCUUCAACGGCGGAUCUGCUCUGGCCAGCAGUGGCCAGGCAGUGGCCGCGGUGGUGAACUCCGAGAUCUCGGCAUCAGUGGCCACCUUCCUCUGGCUUUUGAUUGAAUGGGUCCGGCUGGGCCGGCCAACUCUGAUCGGCCUUUGUGUUGGUGCCAUUGCUGGUCUUGCCACCAUCACGCCUGCAGCUGGGUUCAUCCAACCAAGUGGAGCGUUCAUAUUUGGCAUUGUGGCCACCUUCUUCUGCUACGGCUGCUGCGAGCUCAUCAACAAGCUAGGCCUUGAUGACGCCUUGGACGUUUGGGGCGUGCAUGGUAUGGGUGGCUGGAUCGGAUCGAUCAUGAUCGGCGUGUUGGCGGACUCCCCGAGCUGCGCAGAUGUUGCUACGGCGCCCAUCAGCUGCGUGACGCCGGGAAGCCCACCCUAUGCUUCCCUGUCGUUGGUGGGCAUUCAGAUUGCAGCUGUACUGCUUUGCAGCGUCUACUCCUUCGUGGUGACAUGGGUGCUGUUGAAGGCCAUCAGGCUUUGCAUGCCGUUGAAGCCGAAGAGCUUGCACGUGGACCUGCACGAGCACCAUGAGGCUGCCUACCAUAGCCCCAUAAAGGCGUACCGUCCUGACAAGACUCAGGCUUUGAACAGUGAAGGCUCCAUGGAGUCAUCCUCGGAAGCCUCUGAAUCAGCGGCAUAACCUGACUCUACCUUCGACGAUUUUCCACUUACGAAGCAAAGGGAUCAGGUCAACGUUAUGUCCAGCUCGUUGUUAAUAUCACCUCCUUCUAAGAAGGAAUGCGAUUUCUUCUCUCGCAAGCCGUUUCAAACGACGAAGCUGAAGAAGACUUGGUGACUUGAGGAUACGGACGUGAUUGAGGUUUUGGCCUAUCAUAAACUCGUCCAAGUCGCCUGAAGCAUCGUUGAUCGUUUCGGC